CUGGGAAGCCAGAGCCAGUCCCUCCCUGUUCAGUGUUGACGACUGACACGCAAAGCAGGGAACGCCUGAGCAGCCUGCAGUGGAAAGUUGGAGCCAUGGUGUGCGGCAGGCGGGUACAGGAGCAGAGAGCAGCUGGGGAGAGUAAGACUCAGAGGAUGUGGUGGGGCAUGGCGGGGAAAAUGCGGUUCCUGGCUUGGCUGAUGGUAGCCACUGUCCUCUUCCCUGGGAUGACGACAACCCAGCACGGCGCAGGGCAGCCCACGAACAGCAGCAGCGUGGGAGGUGGCCUGCAGGAGCCAGAGGCCCCGGAAGUGAUGUUUGAGCUGCUCUGGGCUGGGCUGGAGCUGGAUGUCAUGGGGCAGCUGCACCUCCAGGAUGAGGAACUGGCAUCCACACAUCCAGGCCGCCGACUCAGGCUCCUCCUGCAGCGCCACGUGCCCAGUGACUGGCAGGGUGCUGAGCAGCGGCUGCGGCAGUUCCAGGACCUGCGCACGGGGCCUCCUCUAAGCCCUUGGGACUUUGAAAAUCUGCUCCUCACAGGCCUAUCCUGUGUCUACCGGCUCCACAAGGCUCUGGAGGCUGAGGAGAGGGCUCGCUGGGCACAGGUCUUUGCCCUCCUGGCACAGGAGACACUCUGGGACCUGUGCAAAGGCUUCUGCCCUCACGACCAGCCUCCUUCUUUGGGGCCCUGGGCCUCAAUCCUUGACCCCUUUCCCUGAC